AUUUCAUUUACAUUUCAAUUUCUCUCUUCUGUUCUUUCUAGACGUUACCUUCUCUCUCUACACACACAUUCACACACACUUUCCCUCUCUUCUUUACUCUCUCAUGUUCCCUCAGUUCCAUCGAUGGAGAGUGAAGCCUUGAACUUUUUCCCACUCUCUCAGAUCUCGCCAUUUCUUCAUUCUUCGCUCUUUCUCAUUUUGCAUUUGCUCAUUCUUUCGUUUUCCAAACUUGAUCGGCAAGUUAAUUGAAGGCAUGUGAAAGUGGUCCAGAGAAAUCAAAAUCUGUUCCAACUUCUUCUUUCUUUAGGUGUAAAAUCCAUACGACUAACUUCAGAGAAAUGAAAACGCUAACUGUUAACACCGAAGAUUCUUUUUCCAGUCUGCUAGAGCUUGCCUCUAACAAUGAUAUUGAAGGUUUUAAGGUUCUUUUAGAGAAGGAUCCUUCUGCGAUCAACGAGGUUGGAUUCUGGUAUGGACGUCAAAACGGAUCAAAGCAAAUUGUUCUUGAGCACCGUACUCCUUUGAUGGUCGCUGCUACUUACGGUAGCAAUGAUGUUCUCAAGCUUAUUCUGAUGUGCCCUGAGGCUGAUGUGAAUUUCGCAUGUGGGGCGAAUAAAACCACUGCCCUUCACUGUGCUGCUUCUGGUGGUUCUGCCAAUGCUGUUGAAACUGUGAAGCUGCUUUUAUCCGCAGGUGCUGAUGCGAGUUGCAUGGAUGCCUAUGGAAAUCGCCCAGUAGAUGUGAUUGUUGUCCCUCCUAAGCUGCAAGAAAUGAAACCUGUGCUUGAGGAGCUAUUAUCCGACAGUGCUUCGGACGGGUCUAUUGGUGGGUCCAUUGGUGAAUUAUCUGUUCCUGUGUCUGUCAAUUCAUCAAGCCCUGGUUCACCGAAUGGUUUGCCAUACUCUCCGUCAGCCUCGCCACCAUCUCCGGUGGUGGCAAAGUUUACUGAAGCAGCUAUUGGGUCUUUGUCAGAGAAGAAGGAGUAUCCCGUAGAUCCAUCUCUGCCUGAUAUAAAGAACAGCAUAUACGCCACCGACGAGUUUCGGAUGUUCUCCUUCAAGGUUAGGCCUUGUUCCCGGGCCUACUCUCAUGAUUGGACGGAGUGCCCAUUUGUUCACCCUGGAGAGAACGCAAGGAGGAGAGACCCUAGGAAGUUUCAUUACAGCUGUGUGCCGUGCCCUGAUUUUAGGAAAGGGGCUUGUAGGCGAGGAGACAUGUGUGAAUAUGCUCAUGGGGUGUUUGAGUGCUGGCUUCACCCGGCUCAGUAUCGGACACGGCUUUGCAAAGAUGGUACUAGCUGCAAUCGUAGGGUUUGUUUUUUCGCUCACACUGCAGAGGAGCUGCGUCCACUGUAUGUAUCCACUGGAUCUGCUGUUCCUUCACCACGGUCAUCGGCCUCGGCUGCUAAUGUCAUGGACAUGGCUGCUGCGAUGAGCCUUCUGCCGGGUUCGCCUUCGUCUGUAUCUUCCAUGUCGCCAUCUCACUUUGGGCAACCGAUGUCCCCAUCUGCCAAUGGCAUGUCACUUUCCUCUGGUGCUUGGGCACAGCCAAACGUGCCUGCUCUUCAUUUACCAGGAAGCAAUCUUCAAUCUAGCCGAUUGAGGUCUUCCCUUAGUGCACGAGACAUUCCACCCGAAGACUUGAACGGAAUGCUUGAUCUUGAUGGCCACCAGCACCCUUUAAAUGACUUGAGCUGUUACUUACAGCCUCGCCCUGGUACUGGCUCUGUGAGUCGAUCUGGUCGGUCCAAGACCCUAACUCCAGCAAAUCUGGAAGAGCUCUUUUCUGCUGAAAUUUCAUCGUCUCCCCGGUAUUCGGAUCCAGCAGCCGCGUCUGUGUUUUCUCCAACCCACAAAUCAGCUGUUCUCAAUCAGUUUCAACAGAUACAGAGCAUGUUAUCGCCAAUUAAUACUAAUUUGCUUUCUCCUAAGAGCGUUGACCAUCCUCUUUUACAGGCCUCCUUUGGUGUCUCUUCGUCUGGAAGGAUGUCACCAAGAAGUGUGGAACCAAUCUCACCGAUGAGCACGCGCAUGUCGGCGUUUGCUCAGCGUGAGAAACAGCAGCAGCAGCAGCAGCUACAGCUGCGAAGUUUCAGUUCGAGGGACCUUGGUGCCAACAGUCCUGCCUCAAUUGUUGGCUCCCCUGUAAUCGGUUGGUCCAAGUGGGGAUCUCCUAAUGGAAAAGCUGAUUGGUCAGUAAAUGGAGACGAGCUUGGUGGUAAGAUGCGAAGGUCGUCCUCAUUCGAGCUUAAGCACAAUGGCGAAGAGCCUGACCUGUCAUGGGUCCAGUCUCUGGUAAAGGAAUCCCCACCUGAGAUGAUGAAAGAGAGGUUUGCUUCUCCUCUGCCCACAGCACCAUCAGCGGAUGGACCAAAUUCUAAUCCUCAAAUUGAAUCCAUUGAUCAUUCCGUUUUAGGAGCCUGGCUUGAGCAAAUGCAACUGGAUCAGCUUGUAGUCUAGUAAAAUUGACCCCUUUACAUUAUCUUGUUGAGAUAGGUAUUUAAUUUUCGUAAGGUACAUAUUCUUUUGGUGAAAUUUUUUGGAAAGACGACAAGGAGAGGAGGAAUUGUAGUAAAGGAGGUGGGGGUUGGCUGCAAAGUUACCUGAAGGAUAUUCUAUUUUUUCUCUUUUUUUCUUUCUUUAAUAAUUGUCAUUCAUUAUUUUACUACAGAGCUUCAGGGAGAGCUGAAGAAGCUCUCUCUUGGGGCUUACAUCCAUAGGAGAGAAAUCCUGUCGAGGUUAUCUAUUUUUCUUCCAAAACGGCCAUUGUCACAGGAUUCUGCCCUUUUCCAUUUUACUCAAGUUCUGAGUUCACUAUCUUGCAAGCUAGAUGGUUUAUAAUGCAACAAAAACCACUAGCAUGCCAUUGUUUACAAGUUUUUUCUGAAAGUUCACCAAGUUAAGCCAAGUCAGUGAUUUGCUGUUCCCAAAGAACAAGGUGUUGGUCUGUAAUGGAAUAAUUAGAGAUGAUCUGCACUGUUGAAUAUUUACGUUGAAUUGUACUGUUUAUCAUUUUAUUUUAAAUUCAAAUGCAAUGUUUCCGUUAUCCUA